CUUAAAGAAAAAAAAUAUCCAUUUUUUUAAUUUUCAUUACAUGGUAGAAAUAUGUCAGUCAAUUAUGCUGCUGGAUUGAGUAAUUUUCCCCAUAUACACAAAGGAAACCUUGGACUGCCAGAGAUUUUUGAUUCGCCUGAUGUUCUUCAAAAAGGAAUUGAUCAACUUGUUCAUCUUAUAAAGCAGUCAAAGUAUAUGGUGGUGCACACAGGUGCUGGGAUAAGCACAUCUGCUGGCAUACCUGAUUUUAGAGGACCUAAUGGAGUUUGGACACUUGAAGCUAAGGGAAAAUCACCGAAAGUUAGUAUAGAUUUUGAUGAAGCUGUACCUACCAAGACUCACAUGAGUAUUUUAGCACUUAAACAACAUGGAAUUGUAAAGUAUGUAGUCAGUCAAAAUAUUGAUGGCCUUCAUCUUCGUUCUGGUUUUCCAAGGUCACAUUUAUCUGAACUUCAUGGUAAUAUGUUUGUUGAAAAAUGUGAAAAAUGUCAACAUGAAUACUAUCGAUGCACUCCUGUCAAAACAAUGAAGGAGCAAAGAACUGGUAAUUUAUGUCAACAAAAAGGAAAGCGUGGCUUAAGCAACUGCAGAGGUAAACUUCGUGACACCAUUUUGGAUUGGGAAGCCAGUUUACCUCCAAAUGAUCUUUUAAGAGCAGAAAAUGAAACAAAGAAAAGUGAUUUGUCGCUGUGUUUGGGAACAACUUUACAGAUUGUACCGAGUGGAAAAAUUCCUCUUUUAACUAUUAAAAAUAACGGAAAGAUAGUUAUUGUUAAUCUCCAAAAAACAAAAUACGAUAAAAAGGCUAGCCUACUUAUUCAUUCAUACGUCGAUGAUGUAAUGCAAGGAGUAAUGAAAGGCCUGGGGCUUGAUAUUCCGGAAUAUAACAUUAAUUUAUACUUGGGAAUUGUUACGUAUUUUCCAGACGAUAAUAUAAGCAAAAUUAAAAAUCAAAAUAGUAAUGAAAGUAAAGAAAAACCAAUUGUUUACGCUACCGAGAAAGUAAAGGAUGACCCUGACGAAAAAACUCUGAAUUAUCCUAAAGUAGAAAACAAUGAGGAAAAUGCUGUUAAGAAAGUGAAAAAAUUUUAAGACAUGUUUAAAUUUCCAUUUUAACGCAUGCUCAUAAAUAACAUACUUAAUAUAUUCUUUAAUUUAUAA